CCUGUUUGUUCUGUGAAGGACGAAGCCGUCACUCGUUUUCGAAGAGCUGCAGAUUUUAAUUUCUUUUUCGUGACUUCGUGGUCGUCAUUACUCACCGUCUUCCCAGGGCCUGAGUGGGUCGGCUGCCAGCACCUAAUCCUGUUGUUUCAACAGCGACAACAGAAUCAAGAUAGUUACUCCCUCCGGGCCGCUUUCGGAGAACUGAUGGGAUUCAACGAUGUUCGCAGGCGACCUCACAACGAUCACCACUGCCACGUUUGCCCUGUCGAUUUCGCUCACCACGAGUCGCCGAUCCGAGGACUAGAGGAUCACCACACACACCAGAGGAGACGGAAAAUCUUAAUAUAAUGGAAGAGACCACGAAGGAGGGACAUAGCACCAGUAAAACCAUCGAGUCGGGGUCGUCCGGGAGCUUGCCAAAGAGGAAGUUUGCGCCGCAGCUUGUCGAGUCAAGCAGUCGAUCGUCGAGAAAACCGGAAAACCACCGUUCCGGUGCCCCCGAACAGUCACAACCUCGAAGCCGGAUAAAACCACAGCUCAUCGAAACGACCAAGGAUCAUCGCGGCGGAAAGCCGGGCAAAUCCCAUAGCGGAAACCUAUCCCUGAAGCAACAGGAGGGCAAGGCAGGCAAUGCCACCGUGCCUGACCCGAAAUCUUCUCCCAAGAAGUUUACACCUCAGCUCAUCGAAACUGCAAAACGUUCCUACAGACAGGCUGGUCCAGACAGCCCCUCCACAUUACCCCAAAGCCGAAAUCGGAUCCGAAUUGCAGGAUGGAGCAUCCCGUUGAACCCUCGUCCGGAGCACGAGGAGGAUUCUCGGUUUUCCUACGCAAAUCUUGUCCGUCGUCGGGACAGCAGGAGACAUUCGUUUCGAGUUCCCGAUCUUCCUGCGAUACCGUCAAGCAGCAGCGAUGACUCUCUCCCUUCCCCGGUGACUUCGUUUUCUACCACUCCCACAUUCACUACGGAUAAAACCUCGCAGCCAUGCAACGCGCAAGUUCCAUCUCCCGAUAACACCGGUGGGCCUUUUAUGGAUGUUGAUUUUUAUUCUUUACCCGCUCGAACACGGGAAAGGCUGUUGAAAGAGCGAGCCCUUGCGGCUUUCCCCAAUGAGCAGGUGUACCAGCCGGUCGCGCAUUUUGCGAUCGACAAGGAGGACGAUGAUGACACGGUCGACGAUGAUAGCAGUGUGGAGACUACGUUUAGGAGCAUGACUCUUGAUCUGGCAAGAUUCCGACGGGAGUCUAGUGUGGAUUUAACAUGGGAGCUGGAGGAGAUGAGACGACAUAAAGAAGAGUCAGAAAUGCGGGCUAGAGAGAAACGCUUCGCCUCCGGCCACUCCCCGUUCUCUGCUGCCGCAUUGGCAGCCAAGAGAAUGAUGGAGGAGGCCAGUGCUAUGGAUGGCAUCACUGGUGGAUGGCAGAAAGGUGCUGAUGCGACGAACAAGAGGCGCGCUGUACGCCCUCCGAUGUUGGGCGGUGAUAUUAUUUUUCCCCAGUGCCAGUCACCGCAGACUACGCGGUGCGAGACUGACCAGACACCGACUUCCCACAAAGACGACAAUGGCGGUGCACCUGAGCAGCAGGUUAAUUCCCUCUGGAUUCCCGAAGUUCACUGCGAUCUUUGUGACGAACCCGGUCUAUGGAAUGGGACAUGCAAGAGGCCUAGCGGGACAAAUUUAUCGGCCCUUUCCUCCGCAAAUAAAGCCGUCCCUGAAACUGGCCCUGAGGAUACAGACUGUGAAAAGUCUGUUACCGUUACUGGACUCUGUACGAACAAUCUUGCUAUUCCACCUACAAAGUCGCCUCGUCCCCAGGAAAAAAAGAAGUACGAAGACAAGCAAGCUUUGGAAGAGGAAAUAAAUCAGGAGUUUAACGAUUCUUUUGUCACACAGAUAUACAACUAUCUCUCGCUUGGCUAUCCUUGUCUCGCACGCGAUUAUGACGAAGAAUUCAGCUCUGUUACUGGAAUAUCCGUUGAAGAACUCCGGAAAGAUGACCAGCAUGCCAAUGCGAAAGGUUAUCUGGGUGCUCCCGAGGGACCUUCAGAGACCGACGGCAAGUGCAUGCGGUGGACAGCCCUAAAGUUGUAUAUUCACGAAUGGGCACGCCAGCAGCCUAGGGCGACCAGUCCGGGAUCUGGUCUUGAGGGCUGGGGUGUCAGAGCAAGAGGGAGCUGGGCGGUAUAA